AUGUUCAGUGGAUUAUUAAGGCACCUACUUGGUGCAUAUGCAGCCCUUCUUUUUCUACUGAUCCUAGCCGGCCACCAUAGUUGCAGUGCUAGACAGAAUAACAAUUACUGCGCUCCUUCUUCUUGCGGCUAUAUCCAUAAUAUCAGCUACCCUUUUCGAUUAAACACCGAUCCCAAAAGCUGUGGCCACAAAGGCUAUGAACUUGUUUGUGAAAACAACCGUCCAACUUUGUACUUGAAGAAGGUAAAAUAUUAUGUCCAGGCAAUCGAAUACAGUAACUUCACGAUUCGACUUGUGGAUGCUGCUGUUCAGAAGGAUGAUUGCUUCUCCAUCCCUCAAAGAUCUCUUAUCGCAUAUGAUCAUUACAUCAGCUACAGGGAUUAUCUUCCAUACAAUUUUGGGUUCGAUACGCUUCGCACAGACUUUUUCACUUUUAAAUUAACUUUUUUAAGUUGUGCAAAUCGAAUACAGAGUCUUCCAGAUUAUAUAGUGGAUGUGGAUGCUUCUUCUUGCAAAAAUGGGAGUAGUACUGCAUAUAAUUCUACGUCUAGCAGUAUUUCUUCUCCCAGCUCCCACAUCAUGGAAGGUUAUCCCUACGUUAUGGUUGCUGCCGACUUCCUGCAGGUGCCGGACUUAUGCCGGCUAAAUUUGGUCUAUUCUGCGCCUGGAUCUCUUCUGCCAGAAAAUAUGACCAAUAUAUCUUAUAGAGAUGUCCAUGAUAUUUUGCUAUAUGGGUUUGAGCUCUCAUGGUAUUCAGCCUGUUGUGAUUCUGUCAAAGAGGUCCAGUACUGCAACUAUAAUAGCACAUAUUGUGAUUCAUACGGUCUUGAUGGUGCUCCAAUCAGAGUUGCAAUAGAUUUUCUGACUAAUCGUAUACUCAGUUACCUUACCAUGGGGCCGAUCACCAGGUAUUUUCCAAGUGGCACAUGGAUAUACUAUUCGAGAAGGGGAAAACCGCAUGUGGGAUUCCGCAUUUACAAAGAUUAUUUUCAAUAUGUUGGGAGCAAGGACAUAUCUUCAGAUUUCCUCAGCGUUAUCAUAGUUUUGCUCAUUGCGCUAGUUUUUCUCACAGAAAAUAAUGUUGAUAUGGCAAUCUAA